AUGUCACAGCCGCUGGAGAAGGCCCUGGAUGUGAUGGUGUCCACCUUUCACAAGUACUCAGGCAAAGAGGGCGACAAGUUCAAGCUCAACAAGUCGGAGCUGAAGGAGCUGCUGACCCGGGAGCUCCCCAGCUUCUUAGGGAAAAGAACUGAUGAAGCUGCGUUCCAGAAACUGAUGAGCAACUUAGACAGCAACAAGGACAACGAAGUGGACUUCCAGGAGUACUGUGUCUUCCUGUCCUGCAUCGCCAUGAUGUGUAACGAGUUCUUUGAAGGCUGCCCUGAUAAGCAGCCACGGAAGAAAUGA